AUGGGUGCGCACCACUCAAAGACGGCGAAGGACCAUACCUGUCCAGUCCAUUCUCUUUCCGAAGAUGCGAAAAAGCCACUAUUUGGCGACACUUCAUUCUACACAUUCAACAAGAUUCUAUCUGGCAGCUGUGCUGCGUUUGCCUGUCUGGUCAUCUUCUUUUGCAUUUUCAUGCAUGCAACACACUACAGCAAGCCUCAUGAACAGUCAAAGAUCCUAAAAGUGUCACUCUUGAUUCCGUUCUACGCAAUCAUAUGCUUCUUGUCUAUUGCAUUUCCGGAAGCAUUUGUUUACCUCGAUCCAUGGCUAGAGUUUGUCCAGUCGAUAUCUCUUGGGGCGUACUUCCUCCUCAUGUGUCAGUUUGUGUCACCCAGUGACACUCAGCGAGACGUUUUCUUCGCUUCGCUGGUUAUUGAGGAUAAAAAAUCCCCUUCUGGUCAAAAAGAUGGGCUCGUUUGGUUCAGGCGCCGAUGGUCGCUGAUUUUCCAAUAUCCAGUCGUUUCAUUAAUCGCCGCAAUCGCAACGGAUGUUACGCAGGUGGCGGGGAUCUACUGCGAAUACGUCACUAAGCCAUACUUUGCAAAGCUAUAUAUCAGUAUAAUACUAAAUAUUUCACUGACACUUGCCGUCCUGUCUGUGCUCAGAUUCUACAAGGCCCUCAGACCCUACACCGAGAAGCACAAACCUUUAGCCAAGCUGGUUUCCUUCAAAGCAGUAGUUGGGCUAGGGUUUCUGCAGAGAAUCAUCUUUUGGAUCCUUUCAGAUGUCAACGCGCUCAACCCAACCGACACACUCACGUAUGCGGACCUUAACAUCGGGAUUCCAAAUAUGCUCACGUGCCUGGAGAUGGUCCCUUUGUCGCUAUUCUUCCUAUACGCAUAUUCCUGGAAUCCAUAUCUUCUCCACAACGUCCAAAUCGAGACUCAAGAUCAAUCGUGCCGUUACCACGGUGGCUUCCUAGGAGUACGUGCUUGGGUGAGCAUAUUAAACCCCAAAGAAAUUUUCGAUGCGAUCAUGAGGGUCAGAUAUGAAAAGCAGUGA